UGGCAACUGAACCAGGCCGGUAGAAGUAGGUAAGGAUGUGAUGAUGACAGUCAGUGAUUCCCCAGAGAGCGAGAGGAUUGUGCUGACCAGCUCCCAGUCUCGGCCAGUUAUGCGUCGGAAUUCAGCGACAACACUCCCCAUGUGGGCGGCGGCGAUCCUGUGCCUGGCGGGCGUGAUGGGCGGCCCCAACAGAGUUCGUAGACAGGCUGUUGUUGAUACGUCUCACAUCAGCGACAACGAGUUCCUCUGCCUUCUGGAGGGGAACUGCAACGCGAACCCUCCGCCUCCCUCGUCUGGUUGCACGUGCGUCAAGUGGUGGAAUUGCAAGGACGUUCCGCGAGGCAACGAAGGCGGCAUUUUAGCGGUGGUGGACGUCAGGAUCGAGGCCGCGUGCCCCAACGACGCCAGCGCCAUCUGCUGCGACAACGUGAUGGAGGCGCCCCCCCCGACGGAGCGGCCGACGGUGCAGCCGGCGAGGAUCACGGACUGCGGGAGGAGGAACGAGCAGGGUGUCGUCGUCAACUUCAAGGGCUUUACGGACCGCCAGGCCCAGUUCGGGGAAUUCCCCUGGAUGGCCGCGGUGCUGCGCCGGGGGAGACCCAACCUCCCCGAGUACGUGUGCGGAGGGUCGCUCGUUCACCCGCGUGUCAUCCUCACCGUCGCUCAUCACGUACGCAACGUCUCUGGAUCUCCAUCCAUCCUCCCUUCAGCGAGAAGGGGGAAUCUCAUCGUCCGGCUGGGCGAGUGGGACUUCCAGAAUCCCUCCGAGGCGAUCCCCCACCAGGACAUCCGCGUCAGCCGCAUCAUCAUCCACCCGCAAUACACUCCCGGGGACCAGUACAACGCGCUCCUCCUCCUGCUGGCGGAUGAAGCCCAACUUGGGUCCACCGUCAGCACCAUCUGCCUCCCGCCGCGCCGUCCCACUCCGGGUGGGGCAAGACACUUCGGCGAGGGACAGUACCAGCAGAUCCUGAAGUCCAUCGACCUGCCGAUGGUGAGGCACGACCAGUGCGAGCGAGCGCUGAAGACGAGUCCGCGUCUGAGUCCCAACUUCUUCCUGCACCCGUCCUUCGUGUGCGCCGGAGGAGAGCCCAAUAAGGACGUCUGCACCGGCGACGGAGGGUCCCCGCUGGUGUGCCCAAUGCCGGGAGAUCCCUCGCGUUAUGUCCAGGUUGGCGUCGUCGCCUGGGGUCUUGGGUGUGGGCAAGCCGGGAUGCCAGGAGUCUACGCGUCCGUGAGCCAAGCUUCUGAGUGGAUUAUGAACACCAUUCAGCAAAACACGGGAUUCGACUUGAGGCUUGGGAAAUAAGGGACUCUCCUGCCGUUGUUCUUGCUUGCUUGCUUUCUUUUUUGAUUGGUCCUUAUUCCGUAUUUAUUAUCCUUCCUUUGGGAAAUGAGGAGCCAUCCCUACAUUGCUUUUUUUCUGCAUUUAUCACUCUUUGCUGUUCUUGCCUUCUUUUUGGGAAGAAACUGCUCUUACUCCUUAUUACUUAUUUUGUUUUGUUUUUUUGUAAAAUAAGUAAGAAAUUAUUCCCUUAUUCUCUUUAGUCCUUGUUGCUUGCUUACCACUUAAUUUUGGGGCAAAAAGGAACUUUCUGUUUUUACCUUUUUACUUCUUAUCAUAACCUCUUGAUAACUUUGAUUUAUUCCAUAUUUUAACCCUUUUCGAUCCCCUUUUCUGCAAUUUCGCAAGUAAUAAUAAUUUCCAGUCAGUAAAUUAUGCUCAAAUAUAUGGAAUCCAUAUAAUCUCGUCUUUUUUUUUUAAGUGAUAAUAGAUGGGUUGAAAAAUACUGUGGAUUUAUCAAACCACCUUUGAGUGAAUGCAACUUGUAUGAAUUUUACACGAAUAUCGGAAAAGCAGGGGACAAUGUGUCAAUCAUGCAUACAAUAGAUCUGUUAUGACAAAAUAAUGUUCCUUGUCAAACCCAAUCAUACGCUCUGUACGCCGGUGAGACAACAUACUGUACGUUUAUGUAUGUCUGGAUUAUCCUAUUCAUUAUGUUAUUCAUAGUAAUAAUUUUUGCAACUCUAUUUCUGUGUUUUUCUCUUUGUCUCUCUACAAACAUAUACACAAAUUCAUUAACACACACACGCACACACAUACAUACACACGUUUGUAUAUAUUUAUGUAUGUAUGUGUACAUGCAUAGAUACGUAAGCAUACGUGCAUACAUAUGCUUUCUGUUAUUAUGUUUGUUUCUGUGUCUUCUUUCCCCUUCAGACUUUUUUAUAAAAAGACAAUGAUGAUAAUAAAGAUAAAUCAUAUAUU